AUGCCUAGCUUCAAGCGACUACCGACGGCCAGUGCUGGCAUUGAUGCGUCGAAUGCAGCAGCUGAGAAGGACACAAGCACGACCGGUGGGAGCAUCGAGCGAGUCGGUGCCUCGUCAAGCUCCGUAGAGCGUCCGCACGCGACAACGUCGAAGGCGACGAGGACCAGCAACGCAGCACCUCCACGCACCGUCUCGAGCACGGCAAAGCGCCGAUCCUCACUCUCGAUGGUGUCGGGCAGGGCAUUGCCAUUGAUCCGCCCCCGUCGCGCCUUCACCGCAGCCAUCUCGCGCCGCGGAUCAUACUGCCACCGCGCGCCGGCCGGAUACGCCUUCUCAGGCCCGACAGACGACUCGCUCAGCUUGCAACGACAACGGCGCUUCGUCGUACCGCCCGGCGUCACGCGCGUGAGCUACAAGGACUUUCCCACCCUCGACCUGCCCCUGGAGCGCGGGAUGCAUUCUCACCCAACCGGCUGCGUCGAGUGCCGCAAUCGCAACCUGCACUGCACGUUUGGCGCCGGCAUCAGACCGAACGGCAAAACGAGGGACCCGCAAAACGGCAGGUGCGACUGGUGCGUCUUCGGCUCCAAAAAAUGCGUCGGCAAUGGAUACAAGGGCAAUACGGUCGAGCAGAAGGGUGCACACGAGACCCUCGCCGAGUUGCUUGGUAGAGUGGAAGCGCAGAUCGACGGAUGCCUUAGGGCGGGCGAGAGGGAUGAGUCGAUGAUGGGUGAGGCGAGCAGGAUCAUGGGUAGGAUUGCGAGUGUUAACCUGAAGUUGGGGCGGUUGGAGGGAUUGUUGAGGGAAGUGAAGAGGUCUGCGAUGCGAGAGGGGAAGGUGCGGGUGGGGUCGAGGGGGAGUUGA